AUGGAUAAUGUCACUGGAUAUCUGUUGGAAAGUUUACGAAAUCGUGGAUUGUUGAAGUAGGUAAGAUUAUCUAAGCUUAAAUAAUAACCAAAUCAACUAUUUAACUGUGGAAAGUGGACAUCUGACGACGAUUGUUGUUUCAUCCACAAUUAUGUAUGUGAUGAUUAAGUUUAUUAACUGGGCUGCUGAAGGCGGGCCCAGUUUAUACUUGAAAUACGUGUAUCGCAGCACUUCGCAAGGCUCGGAGGGGAGGCCCAUAAAAUGUCAGGGAUGGAAGGCGGGAAGAGAAUUGGAGUAAAUUGUGUAACUGGUUAUUAAUCGCUAGCCUGCGUAGCAGGCGCUAGGAAAUAAAUGGGCGAAAUUUUUUUUUCAUUUUGCCCAUUUAUUUCCUAGCGCCUCUCGCGCGCGUUUUUUUUUUCAUUUCGCCCAUAUAUUUCCUAGCGCCUGCUACGCAGGCUAAUUAAUCGCAGGCUUAGGUCCAUAAUGAAAAGACCAUAUAUUAAAUAUAUUUAUUAACCUAAUCCAUUCGGCCAUUACCGGGAAAUGUCAGACUGAGACAGAGAAUUGGAGUAAAUUGUGUAACUGGUUAUUGAUCGCUUAGGUCCGUAAUGAAAAGACCAUGAUAAUAAAUUUAUUUAUUAACCUCAUCCAUUCGGUCAUUACCGGGAAAUCUCAGACUGAGAUUUCCCAGUAAUGACGGAACGGACAAGGUUAGUAAGUGGUUACUCUGGGGGGAGUCAGUGCCCUGGGAUAAAGAAGGCCUGAAAUUAAGUGCUACUAGGUUUUGCAGCCAGUAAAAGUGCUUGCGCAUUUAGCUUUCUUAGCUCAUGCAAAUUUUCAAAUUUGUGUCUUGUUAUUAAUGCUGUGUGAUGCUUGUAAUGGCCAUUCACCCUGAUAAAGGACGGUAAAGUGGGUUGAAAUAUACAUGUAGGUGAAAGACGAAAAAAACGUACUGUUUUGCUCUUCAUUUGUGGUACUGGAUUUAUUUAAUUAUGAAGAGAAUGUCUUUUAGUAGAUACUUAGGUUACCUGAGAUCAGGCGUUAUUAUUGUUAUUUUUUGAGCUUUUUUGCCUCUUUGGCUCGAAAGCGAAAAAAGUAACACCUGAUACAUUCAUUUAACAAGCCAUUAACUACCCAAUUUACGUAAUGUAAUGUCUGCUUAACCUGUCAUGUUAUUCGCCAGCCAGCAUUUACCAGACAGGAAUCAAAUUUUGGUGUGAAUAAGGGAAAAGAAAAUUUUAACCCUUUAAACCCUAAGAUCAAAAUAUGAAUUCUCAUUUGUUGCCCCUAUUCAUUUCCUAUGGAAGUAGUGUGGUGAAGUUGAUAAAAUAUCAAGCAAAUUCAUCCUGUGUGAUUAUGUCGGUAAUUCUCAUGACCACUCUGUUUUACAAAGCAUGGAUAUUACAAGGCGGAAUUUGAUGCUGAUCACCCUUAAGGCUAAAAGGGUUAAAUACGCCCAUGUUCAGAUGGCAAGAAAAUGUUUUAAAUGUUUUUUAUUUAUUUGUUUUUUUGUGAUGGAAUUCUGCUAGCUGGAGCUGCCUUACCUUUAUUUAACAGCUACAAAUGAAUACAGAAUUUACCGGUAAAAGUUCGUUGACGUCGUUCUGUGCUGAAAGUAGUGAAAAAAAUUUUAAUGGACUGCCUGGAAAUAAAGGUCAUUCCAAUACUGCCGGAGGAAAGUCCGGAGCAGCUUAUCAAAGAGAUUGGUACUUUAAUCGACGUAAAUGUUGUCAUGAUGAUGCUCAUUUAGCAGCAGCUCACCGGCUUCCAGACACCAAGAAUGUGAAGCAUCAGUUGAUUGUCAAGUUCGUACACAAAGAUAAAAGGGAAGAAAUGUACAAGAAAUGCAGGAAUCCAAUUGUGAAAGAAUAUUACCAACUUGCUGUCUGUACAAGCCACAAUGGGUCACGCUGCUACAAGCAACAAUAAAAUCCACAUCAAUGAAUCUCUCACAGGUUAUCGCAAACAACUCUUUGGCCGUAUCAAUGACUUCAAGCGAAAGAACAAUACCUAUGGACUGCAAAUGGAAAGAUCUUGCUGAAGGCUCAUGAUUCUUCAAAAACCAAAUCUUUUGUUACACUUGAAGAAUUUGAAGACUACAUCGAACAGAUAAGCAAAAAUUAUAACUCAUAAUUCUUUUUUUCUUUUUCCCUAAUGUUUAUGUACCCUAUAAUAAUAUCUAGCUAUAGACACAUACAUGUUCAAUCUGAAUUAUCCCCAAAAUAGCCUGCAAGCUGUACCUUUUCAUGACCUGGAUGACAGAGAAUUUCAUAUUCUAAAUGGAUCCUGUCACUUGCAGAUAGAUAAUUUAAAAAAUUAGAUUUAUAUAAUUUGCUACCCAACCCUGACGAAUCUGAUGAUGCUGACCCUGAUCAUAUAUUAAUUAACCCUCAAUUUGAAUAAGGAUCUAAGUAAAUCAGGAGCGAAAUCCUUCUCAUUUCUUCAUUGUAAUAUUAGAAGCCUAUCAAAAAAUAUUGGCCUGCUUGAAGAUAUGCUGUAUUCUUUAAGUGGACAGCCUGAUGUAUUAGGAGUUUCUGAAACCAGGCUAAAUGCAACAGGGUGCAAAGAAAAUCAUUUUUACAGCUUGCCAUUUGGGCAAGCUGAAGCUAACAUUUACUAGCCUAAACAUCAUUUCAACUAGCCCCGAAAACGUUUUGAGAAGCAGAUUGAUUUCACAGUUCUUCUGUAAUUUGAAUUCUUCAAAAAAACUUCACUUGUCCAUCAGGCAAGUUAAUAACAGAAUUCACUAGCCCGAUAGCAAAAUCCACUAGCCCCGGGCUAUCAGACACUACUUUCUUUGCAUGCUGAUGCAAAUACCACUUUUAAUACUGAGCUGAUUAACUAUAAUAUCUACCAAUGCAAGCUGAUUCUCCAACCCCGGUGAGAAGAGUUGCUCUUUAUGUCACUAAAGCUUUAAAAUCUUUUCCAAGGUCAGAUGUAACUUUGGAUAUGCCCCUUGUGGAAUCUGUUUGGGUUGAAAUAGCUACUCCCAAAAACAAAAAAUCCAACUUUUGUUGGCUGUAUCUACAAACAUCCAGGUGCAAAUAUUGAUGAAUUUAAUGGCAAACUUGAUGAAAAAAUGAAGCUAUUUAAUCCAAACAAUUACCAAUUGUAUAUCCUUGGUGAUAUGAAUAUAGAUAGUCACCCACCUACAGAGGCUUACCUUGACAUGCUGUAUUCCAAUAAUUUAUUACCAAUUAUUACUAAACUGUCACACCUGACCUAUCAUUCAGCUACAUUAAUUGAUCAUAUCUAUACCAACAGUACAUGCAAAGUUGUCUCUGGAAUUGUAAUGGUGGAUAUCUCUGAUCACCUCCCAGUUGUCUCUGUUACAAAUAUACAAGUUAAGAAACACAACCCUAUUAAGUAUUAUAGAGAUUACAGCAAUUUUGAUUAAGAAUCUUAUUUACGGGAUAUCAAUGCAGUCAACUGGAAUGCUAUCUAUAGUAAUAAUCUGCAUGAGACAACUACUAAAAUAACUGACCUGAUUAAAUCAAUAAAUUGCAGAUAAACAUGAACUAAUUGGGUAAUUGUCCCAAAAGAAACAGACAUUGUGUACAAAGCCAUGGAUAACUAAUGGUAUUCUCAAAUCAAUCAAAACUAAGCAUAAAUUAUACAAAACACACUUUCUUUCUAACAAUCCAAUUAAGGUGACAGAAUAUAAAAAGUCUCCGCACCAUCUUCUUUGUACAUCCUAGAGUGCUGCUCUCUAUUUCAAACUCCUAACAAUCCUUAAAUUAUAUAAUACGUAUAAAUUAAAAAUAUGUUGCCUUAUACAUAGAAUGAGAAAUGAAACUGAUAGCUUUCCAGAUAUUUUCCUUGAUGUCGUGACUCCAGCAUCGCAUAUACACAAUCAUAAUACAAGAUUUGUCAGUAACCUGAAUUAUUUUAGACCAAGAGUAUCCACCAACUUAGGUAAGACGUCCUUUAAAUUCUCCGCUCCAAAAAUCUGGGAGACUGUACCUCCUGGUCUCAAGUGUCUGCCAUAUCAUAAGUUUAAGAAAGAAUGGAAGUCUUGUCUUCUAACCAACCAAAUCUGACCUUGUGUAUAUGUUCUAUCACCCUUGAUAUUAUCUGAGAUUUUAUUUCCUCUCCUUACUGCUGCCGAUUAUCUGAACGUGACAGUGUCCAACAAGAAAGCUCUUGCUACUUUGGACACUGUACACAAAUGAAUUUAAUGUCUUUUAGUUAAUUAUUAUUGAUCAGCUACUUUAUUUACCUACCUACAUACACUUGUGUAAAUAUCUUAUAUAGUGUGAAAUAAAGAAUUGAAUUGAAUCAAUUAGGUUGGUGCAACAUAUUUCACGAACUAAAAAAUGUUGCGAAAGUGAAGAUGACUCAAAAUAAUUCACAGGUUCUGAAGGAGGAAUUACAGUCAAACCAGGUCAAGAUUCCAUUUAUGAAUUGAUUAUGUGAAAAAGUUAAUCUGUUUGUACCCAAUAUCAAAUUGCAUUCAAGUGAUCAAGGAAUUUUUGACUGCAACUUUUUAGUAUACAAUGAGAUGGAAAAUAUUUUAAUGGAUAAAUUUCUAUUUAGACAUUCUUCAAAUUCAAGAAAACUGAGCUGGUAGAAAUUUUAUAACGAACUCGCAUGUGUAUUCACUGCUCAUUGCCCAAGCAAAAAUGCAGACUGAAAUCAACAACAACUAACGGAUGGUGGCAUUUUGGCCAAUCGGAACACUGCAAACCAUCUGUAUUGUUUCCUAUCCAAUUAGAAAGAAGUCCAGAUUCUGGCUUUUUUGAAUGUGAUCAUGCCUUCCUCCCAAAAACAGAUUACAGAGAUAAAGCGAGAGGGAAUGAUCGCAGGCUAAUCCUUGGGAUAUGUUGUAUAUGGUAAGAUGUAGUAGCUCUUUACUUGUCCCAUGAGUAAAUAAUUUAUUAGGUACAACUCGUGGGUCUAAAUAUAUUUCCAUUGUAUGUUUAUGUAGACUGCAAAACAGUCCGUAUUUUUGCGUAUUCAAGUACGCGCGAGCAGUCAAACAAAAGGUCUGGAAUGAUGCUGAAAACAGAGAGCGAGACUGGGGAGAGACGCUAAACAUUUUUUUUUUCUCUCACCUCACACGCCCUACGGGCGUGUGAGGCUCGCGCGCUUCGCGCGCGUAAGACUCUUACGCCAUGCCACGCUUUACCGAUUUCUUUACUGAUUUUGAGAAAAAAACCGACUGUUUUGCAGUCUAAUUUUUAUGACCCAUUUUAGGUAAACCUGAUUAUCACAAGUGACCAUGGCAUGGCAGAUGUCAACAACUCCCGUCUUAUCCAGCUGGAUCAUUACAUUCCAUCGGACUGGUAUACACUCAUCACUGAUCCAAACAGGGCAGACCAUGCUUCUAAUGUGUUUUUUCAUAUUCUACCCAAGAAAGGAAAGUUGAAUGGCACUUACCAAAAGCUCAAGACUGUUCCACAUCUAUAUACAUACCUUAAAGAAGAAAUACCUGAAGAGUUUCAUUACAGGCAUAACCGACGUGUCAUGCCAAUUUUCAUUGUCGCGGAAGAAGGAUGGACCAUUACAAAAAAAAAGUCGAGAAUAGACAGUCGUGGUAACCAUGGCUACAGUAACCAAUUCCCUGGUAUGCAUCCCUUUUUUAUUGCCCAAGGACCUGCAUUCAAAGAAGGCUUUGUUUCAGAACCAUUUGAAAAUGUGAAUACCUACUCUCUUGUGUGUCAUGUUACAGACAACAAAACAUUUGGCAAACUGCAGUUCUUUCAAAGUUUUGACCUGUUAUUUUAA